UCCGAUCUAGAUUAAAACCUUGCUGGAAUGCAUUGUUUGCUUUUUCAGUUUUCUACAUUGCGUUAAGUACACACUAUACAAUUAGAACCUUUUGGGCUCUAAGUGGCGUAGCUCUAUGGUUUUUGUGCCUUAGCUGAUGAAAGCGCCGUAUAAAGCAUUGCUUGAUCGUGAGUAUGUUGUACCAGACUGUAGUGACCGUUUGUUGCUGUCUAAUUGCCGUCAACCUUCAAAGCUGUGAUGCCCGCACAUGUUCCAGAAGAGUAAGAUACAGAAUAUACGAAAGGGUAUCAGUAAGAAGGAGCAGACAGCAAAGAUACACAACAAGAUGUGAAUUAUUUGGUUGGAAAAGAUGCAGCAGAUAUCGGGCAACGUAUUCAACUGGAUAUGAAACUGAUUACAGUUAUACUAGCUACACAAGUUACUACUGCUGCAACGGAUGGCGAGGUGGCGGCUGUUCUCAACCAAUUUGAACCAGAAACACACAAGCAGUCACAUUCAAGGACGAAUAGGCCAUGUCAACAUGUGACACUGUGAACUUCCGCUGACAGAG